AUGGCCUUCGGCGUGUUCCUCCGGUGUGUCCACCGAUGCAAGUCGCCGGCAGAUGCUCGAACCAGCGUACUAGGCAAGGUUUCUUCUCCCUCCGGGGAAGAUGUCGUGGUCUUCGGCCCGUUCAAUUCGAACACUCCGAGAAGAUGGAAGAAGCCGGUGGAUUCCGCGCGAACGCGGCUGGAGAGCAGAACCAGAGAUCUCAGGCUCGACGGUCUGAUGAUCCAGUUGAAGAAACUGCGAAAGGUUCUGAGCUUGCAGGAGGUGAUCUCGAGUCGGAGGGGCCAGCACGCAUCCCUGCAGCUUCUCUCGAGGCGGAAGAUGGACGUCGAUCUGAACAUGGCGAUCGGAGCCUUCCUCCGCAAAUAUCCUCAGGUAUUCGAGAUUUUCGUCCACGAAACCGAGAAGAACGUGUGUUGCAGAAUCACGCAGAGGAUGGCCGACCUGAUCGAAGAGGAAGCGAGAAUCAUCAGAGAGUCUGAAUCCGAGGCGGUGCGCCGGCUGAAGAAGCUUCUCACGAUCUCCACCCGCGGGGCUCUCCAUGUCCAUGCGCUGUGGCUGGCGAGAAGGGAGCUCGGCCUUCCCGAUGAUUUCAGAACCUCCGUUAUUCUCAACCGUCCGCAGGAUUUCAGGCUGGAAACCCCUGAGACAGUCUCCCUGGUGGUCUCUGGAGAUGCAGAGAUCGAAGCGGAGGUGGAGAAGUGGAGGGAGAGAGAGCUCAGGGAGAAGUGGCUCAGCGAGUUCGAGAUCAGGUACGCCUUCCCCAUUCAUCUUCCCACUGGUUUCGAGGUCGAGAAGGGUUUCAGGGAGAAGCUCAAGAACUGGCAGAGGCUCCAGUACGCGAAACCCUACGAGAAGAUGGAGGCCGCCGUCCGCGUCCGUUCUUGCGGCGGCCUCGAACGUUUCGAGAAGAGGGCCGUGGGGAUCAUCCACGAGCUUCUGAGUUUGACCGUGGAGAAGAUGAUCGAGGUCGAGCGGCUCUCCCACUUCCGGAGGGACUUCGCCAUGGAAGUCAACGUGCGGGAACUCCUCUUGAAGCACCCCGGGAUCUUCUACAUAUCCACCAAAGGCGGCGGCGGCUCCCAGGUGGUGUUUCUCCGAGAAGCUUACAGAAGAGGAUGUCUGAUGGAACCCAACUCCAUUUACUCUGUUCGGAGGAGGAUGCUGGAUCUGAUCUCGAUGGGUCGCCGAACCAGUGGCUGCCCGAAUCAGUUGACCGAGCCCGAGGGAGGCGUAGGCCAUGAAAUGAGCAGAGAUCCUGUGGAAGGUCAACGCGGUGGACAAUGGGUCCUUCCGCUCCUAGAAAUUCUCUCUCAGCGGGGGAUCCACAAGUUCCUUCACUAG